GAAGUGAUGUUUUUAAUCAUAUAAGAGUGAGAGUAUACGAAACCCUAACAAUCGCGCCACCGUUCAUCUCCACACAACAAAGCCAUUGUUGCCUCCGAUUGAGCUUUUGUAACUUGGUUCUUUGGUCUCGAUCUGAAGUUUGCCACCGCCAUAAGCGACAUCGUUGUUGCUAGCCUCCGAUUGUGCUUCUGCGAUUUGAUAAUUCUUGUCAUAUAUCCUAUUUUCUCUUUCUGCCGCUGAGAAAUCGGCUUGUUAUAAUCUCCUACAAAGCAGCCUUCAUCUACAUAUUCGUCGGCACUGAUGCCGUCAUCCUUAUCGCCUCUGUUGUUUCCAAUUGAGCUUGUUGUGACGGAUGUUAUGCAUAAAAAAAACAUGCAAAAUGUUGGAACUUGCCACCAAUACCCUCUGUCAGUAAGCUAUAGAGACUAAGAGUAAAUUCUUGAACCAUGAGAAAGCUAAGAGAAAGAUAGAUACACACAAAAAAGAUGGAGCAAAAGAGUUGCUGGUCAUCAAGGGGAAGGAGAAAGAGGUGUGGCAGUGGCAAGCAACAAGGAUCAUCAUCAUGGUUGUGAUCAACCUCAUUGAGUUAGAUUCGAAAUUGUCGCAAGGUGAAGCACAAAAUGAUGAGAAAAGUGGUGAAAAGAGGAAACAGCAAAAGCAGGCAGAUGAAGCAGUAAAGAGUCAGCGUCGCCGAGAGAAAGAAGAAGCUGAACUGAAAAAGAAGCGUUCUAUACAAAAGCAAGCCUCACUCAUGGAACGUUUUCUUAAAAGAACUAAAACUGAUAGUAACCCUGCAUUUCAGAAUGAUGAUGUCCCACCCAAAGAAAUUGCACCUGAUUUGUCUAGUAAUAAGAGUGAAAGUGUGACUGACUCAGCUACUCUUUCAAUGGAUAGUACUUUUGCAUCAAGUAGUGAAAUUGUGCUUGAGAAUAUUCGCAAGUAAGUUUUUUCUCUUCUUUUCCUUUGGGUCUAGUCUUUAACCAAGUUGUUUGUAGGUCCCAGGAGAAAAAAAUCUGACUUUGCAGGUUACACUUUUCAACAUGGCGCAAUUUAGGUCAGUUAAUUAGGUCAAACAGAAAACAAAGAUGGGGUUUACGUCAAAACCCAGGACUGAGAUUUUUAAGGAACUUAAGCUGACGGGUUCUAAAUCUGAUGCUAAUUAUGAUGAGUUGGGCAUGGAAGGACUUGAAGACAGACCGGGAGAAUGCAGUUCUGAUAUUGGAUCAUCCCCAAUGAAUGUUGAUAGUUCACCUCCUGAGGCUAAGAAGUACUCUCGGGCAAAACAAUUAUUGCAGUUUGAUAAAGCUCAUAGACCUGCCUUUUAUGGUAUUUGGCCCACAAAAAGUAAUGCUGUUGGACCACGCCAUCCUUUAAGAAAGGACCCAAUCCUGGAUUAUGAUGUCAGCAGCGAUGAGGAAUGGGAAGAGGAGGAACCUGGUGAAAGUCUUUCAGAUUGUGACAAAGAUGAAGAUGAAUCUCCAGAGGACUGUCCCAAAUCUGAUGAAGAAAGUGAAGAUGGGUUUUUUGUACCUGACGGAUAUCUCUCAGAAGAUGAGGGUGCACAAGUGGACGGAAUGGAAAUUGACAUUGAAACUGAGGGGGUUGAUAGCACGCCAAGCAGCAAGGAUGACAAUGAAAAUGAGGAGUUUUAUGCAUUACUUCGACAUCAGUAAUAUUUAAACAGUUUGACAGAGCAUGCUCUUCGAAAAAAUCAACCGUUGAUUAUAACAAAUUUGACUCAUAACCAGGGUCUGUUAUUGGAUCAAAGUCUAAGUGGAACUCC